UGUAACCACCCUUUUCAGCACUUGCUGUGCACAUCCUAGUCUCAAGCGCCUGGUAAUCACUGUAAAGAAACAUGGCUGAACAAAAGGCAGACAUAGCUUUGAUCGGUUUGGCUGUUAUGGGUCAAAACCUGAUCCUAAACAUGAACGAUCAUGGAUUUGUGGUCUGUGCCUUUAACAGAACUGUUGAAAAAGUUGACAGAUUUUUAGCAAAUGAAGCUAAAGGUACGAAAGUCAUCGGUGCCAAGUCAAUGGAAGAUAUGGUAUCCAAGUUGAAGAAACCAAGACGGGUCAUGAUGCUGGUUAAAGCUGGUUCUGCUGUGGAUGAUUUCAUUGCACAGCUGGUUCCACUUCUGGAGCCAGGUGACAUUAUCAUUGAUGGAGGAAACUCUGAAUACAGAGAUUCAAUUAGACGCUGCAAGGAGCUAGAAUCCAAAAAAUUGUUGUUUGUUGGGAGUGGAGUGAGUGGUGGUGAAGAUGGUGCCCGUUAUGGUCCUUCUCUUAUGCCAGGAGGAUCAGAUGCAGCAUGGGCACACAUCAAACCAAUCUUUCAGUCAAUAGCUGCUAAAGUUGGAUCUGAGCCAUGCUGUGACUGGGUUGGAGGAGAUGGUGCUGGUCACUUUGUCAAAAUGGUUCACAAUGGUAUUGAAUAUGGAGAUAUGCAGCUGAUCUGUGAAGCCUAUCACCUCAUGAAGAAUGCCCUUGGCAUGUCAACAGAUGAAAUGAGCAAGGUCUUUGUGGAUUGGAAUAAGGGAGAGCUAGACUCAUUCUUGAUUGAAAUUACCAAAGACAUUCUUGCCUACAAGGAUUCUGACGGCUCACCUCUGGUUGAAAAAAUUAGAGAUUCUGCUGGCCAGAAAGGAACUGGCAAAUGGACAGCAAUUUCAGCCUUAGAAUAUGGAAUGCCAGUCACUCUCAUUGGUGAGUCUGUGUUUGCUCGUUGCCUCUCCUCGCUACAGGCAGAGCGUGUUGAAGCCAGUUCACAUCUCAAAGGACCUGCUACCUCAAAGUAUACAGGAGAUAAAAAGGAAUUUAUUGAACAUAUUAGAAAGGCUCUGUAUGCAUCGAAGAUUGUGUCCUAUGCUCAGGGCUUCAUGUUGAUGAGGGAGGCAGCCAAAGAGUUUAAUUGGACAUUGAAUUAUGGCGGUAUUGCUCUCAUGUGGAGGGGAGGCUGCAUCAUAAGGAGUGUUUUCCUGGGUAACAUCAAGGAUGCAUUUAUCAAGAAUCCUUCUCUUCAGAAUCUGUUGUUAGACGAUUUCUUCAAAGAUGCCAUUCACAAUUGCCAGGAUUCUUGGCGAAAAGUGGUUGCUGCUGCUGUGACUCUUGGGAUACCUACUCCAGCAUUCAGCACAGCACUUGCCUUUUACGAUGGCUAUAGAUCGGCCCGCCUUCCAGCCAAUCUUAUUCAGGCGCAACGUGACUAUUUUGGUGCCCAUACUUACGAGUUGCUAAGCAAACCCGGUCAUUUUGUGCACACCAACUGGACUGGGCAUGGAGGCUCCGUAUCCUCAACCACCUACCAGGCCUAAUCAGCGAGGGACUCAAAACACGGAGAAUGAUGAGCGACAAAUGGUUUUAAUUGUAGCGCCGUAAUUUGUCCUUGUUGCAGUCCAGUAAAUCAUCACUCUCCCAUACGUAAUUCAGUAUUUCAAUGUUAGCUAUGAAAAAAAAUUUGCAACAGUAGUGUUUUAGAAGUAAUUCGCAGCAAGGAAUUAAACAGGAGGCUAAAACACCAUCAACUGUUAAAGGAAAUUAAACAUUUGGUUUUCUAAA